CAAUCACUCUUUCUUACUUGCUUUCAUCUGCCAUCCCAGAGUUUCCAUGUCCUUCCUCAUAAAUACUUUCUCCAAUCUAUUCUAAAGUCUAAUCAUUCAUCUCUCCCUAGAGAAGAAGAAUAACAUUCAAGAAAUGAGAAAAGACCAUAUGUUAACAUUGUUACUAGGAGUCUCUAUAUCAGCAUUACUGAUCUUAACCUUCUUCAUCUUCUUCUUCUUCUUCAGAAGAAAACAAUCAUCCACCGAACCAGAUCAAUACGACGUCGAAUCACUCGACCAUAAGGUCCAUAACAAACAUGGCUCUUCCUCGGAGACAGAGGAGCUCGUGACUUUUCAAGGAGGAGAAGAUCUAACGAUCUGCGAUAUACUCGAUGCUCCGGGAGAAGUCAUCGGGAAAUCAAUGUACGGGACUCUCUACAAGGCGUCGCUGCAACGCAGCGGGAAUGUUAGAGUCCUCAGGUUUCUCCGACCGGUUUGUACAGUGAGAUGCGAUGCUAAGGAGUAUAGUGACGUCAUCGAGACGCUUGGGUUUGUUCGACAUGAGAACUUGGUUCCUCUGUUGGGUUUCUACGGUGGAAACAGAGGAGAGAAGCUUAUGGUUCAUCCUUUCUACGUUUCCGGGAAUCUCUCCGACUUCAUCAAAAGUGGAGGUGAAGAAUCUAUAAAAUGGAGCAACAUUCUAAGCAUCACUAUUGGAAUAUCCAAAGCUCUUGAUCAUCUUCACACAGGAACGCAGAAACCAAUCGUCCACGGCAAUCUAAAAUCCAAGAACGUCCUUCUCAACUCGAGUUUCGAGCCUCGAGUCUCUGAUUACGGUUUGCAUCUGCUCUUAAACCAAGCAGCAGGGCAAGAGAUUCUUGAUGUCUCAGCAGCUGAGGGAUACAAAGCACCUGAGUUGGUAAAGAUGAAGGAAGUGAGCAAAGAGAGUGAUGUCUAUAGUCUCGGUGUGAUCAUGCUUGAGCUAGUCUCUAGUAAAGAAGCUAUAAACAAAGGGGAUGAUCAUAAGUUGUACCGUCCUGAGAUUCUCACUAGUAAUGGUUGUGAUGAUCUGAGUGAAGAAGGUUUACUCAAAUACUUUCAGCUCGCAAUGUCUUGUUCCUCUCCUUCUCCUUCUCUUAGACCAAACACGAAGCAGGUCUUGAGGAAACUCCAAGACAUCUAGUUAUUCUUCUAGACGUUAGCAAGAGACUCAAUAAACU